AUGGGUUUUGAACGUCCAUCAGAUAAAGAGAAACAUGGCAAGGUGAUGGAUAUGGAGCGAGUCGAAUUGUUGGAGAAGCUGUUUGUGGAUGUUAUUUUCAACCACCAUGGCACAAAACGCGGGAAAACUGCUACAGAAGGUUCCUGGCGAUUCCAUUUUCGCUCCUGUUGUCGCGUGCCAGAGGAGCGGAUGUUGGUCCACGCCUGGCGACGCCGCCCCUACCAGUACUUCCGGCGCAAACCCGAGGGCGUGCGCGACUGGUGCCUCGACGCCGACCUGCGCCUCCUGAAGACCAUCCGCGCCCGCGCCUCCUUCGUCCUGCCGUGGGUGCGGGCGCGGCCGGAUAUCAAGGUGGUCCACCUGGUGCGUGAUCCUCGAGGCAUUCUCAACUCCGUCAAGCGCGGCGGGAGCCUCUGGAGCGAGAAUAAUCGCAACGCUGCUCUUCAGUGCGCCAACAUCGAGCGUGACCUCCGACUGCAGGAGUUGGGGCCUCACAGGUACCUCCGAGUGCGCUACGAGGACCUGGUGGAGAGCCCCCUGGAGGAGACGCGACGAAUCUUCAGCUUCAUGGGCGCUAAUUUCAACGAUGACGUCAUGGCUUACCUGCGGGAACACACCUGGCUGGCCGAGAAGAUCCCAGCAGAGAAGCAAGGGUACCUCAAGACCUUCAGGGACUCCAACUUCAAGCAUGACCAUUGGAAGACUAAUAUGGAUAACCGUGAAAUCGAGUUCAUUGAGAAUGUGUGCGAGGCCAUCAUGAAGAAACUUAAUUAUCAUCCUCUGCCUCCGACUUGA